AUGUGGUUUGACUACACGUUUGAAAACAAAGGGAACACUGACAUCCCUGCUAGUAACAGUACCAAUGCUGUUCUCAAGGUUUACUUCACCAACAAUGCACAGUUUGAGUCUGCUACGAUCAAGUCGCCGCCUUCUCCCGUCACUCUCUCAGCGUUUGACGGCGCUCUGUCCAGACAGGGCAUCAGACAGGGCGCGUCCUUCCAGGCACUGGACGCUCUGGCCGUCGUGUCGGUCCCUGAAGCCAACUGUACAGCCUUUACACAUCUCUGUACCAUUGUGAGCUACGCAAGCCUGGGUAACCAGUAUUCAGACAGGUCUGACACCUGUAUAGCCCUGGGUUCAGGGUCCAACCAAGCUGGAACACUGGAUUUGAAGCAGACGUCCAGUUCUGGAUGUAACUCUAACGCUGUGUGUGCGCUUGUCUCUAACGCUGUGUGUGCGCUGGUGUCAGGCCAGGCCAGGUGUGUCUGUAAGGGAGGCUUCACAGGAGAUGGGACCACAUGUUCAGAUGUAAACGAAUGUACCUCCGGCAGUCCGUGCAGCAGCCUGACCAACUCCAGAUGUGUCAACACUGAAGGUUCAUACGAGUGCCAGUGUAAGCCCCGCUAUUACAAGAAACGGCGGGAGUGCAAGGACACUCUGACCUAUCAAGUGGAGGUGACCUUCACUGCACAGAACUACACUUCUGAGCUUGCAAACAGCGACUCCACGGAGUACAAACAGCUAGACUACACCUACACUGAGGAGAUGUCUUAUGUCUACCUGACGAGUACACUGAAGGACCGCUUCCACGGUAUGCGAGUGUUGAACUUCCGAUCAGGCAGUGUGAUCGGCACUCAUGCUGCUAACCUGGCCAGUAAUGGUGGCCAGACUACAGGCAGCAUACAGAACGCAGUCAACUCAGCCAUCAACUCAUCCUCGGGAACUGCCCUCAACAUGCAGGCAAACGUCAAAGUUGCAGAUUACAAUGAGUGUGCUAAAGCCAGUGACCAUGACUGCCAUGAGAAGGCAGACUGUGUCAACACGUUGGGCUCCUUCACAUGUAAGUGUCAGGCGGGGUAUGAAGACAGGAACCCGGCUACACCAGGAAGGGACUGUUAUGAUGCUGCCAGACUUGCCAUCAUCAUAGGAGGUGUGAUAGGAGGACUGUUGGCUCUACUGCUGUUGCUCUGCCUCUGUCAUCAAUGUGUCAAGAAGAAGAGGACCAAGAAAUCCGUGGACCUGCACUCCAUGGGCAGCCUGGUGUGGGCUCGGCAGGACCAGCGGACCUUCUGGUGGCCGGGAGAGGUGGUCCCUGGGAAGGAUGGAGACAACAGUCUGUGGGUCAGGUGGCUCGGCAUCAACACUUUCUCUCCUGUGGACUCUGUAGAGGUUGACAAGUUCCAGUCACUUGACCAACAUUUCAGCGCAAAGGCCCACAACAGCCUCAUGUCAUACCGCGCUAGUGUGGAUGAAGCCAAGAGGAAAUACAUGAAGUCUGCAGACCCAGAACAGGCUCCCCCCAGGUACAAUGGUAACUAUCCUCCAGCUGACUACCCAGGGGCCCCGCCAGAGAAACCACCCCUGAACGGGCACCAGUUCCAGAGUCUGGUAGUGCCAUACUACGGGGGUGAACAGCCCCAGAGGUACGCCCAGCAGCAAGAAGUUUCCCAGAUCCUGGCCCGGCCGCCCCGCUCCGCCAUUAACGGCCCCCCGAAGUACACCUCGGGAUUUAAGGGGAACGCAGAGUAUCAGGAGUUCUCAUUCAAACUGAAGUAAAAUUUAGACGGUUGACGACCAACCAAUCAACGUCUGUUCUCAUUUAAACUGAAGUAAAAUUAAGACGGUUGACGACCAACCAAUCAACGUCUGUUCUCAUUUGAACUGAAGUAAAAUUAAGACGGUUGACGACCAACCAAUCAACGUCUGUUCUCCUUCAAACUCAAGUAAAAUAAAGACGGCUGAAGACCAACCAAUCAACGUCUGUAGGAAUGAUUGACAUUUCUACACCUCGAAUCUGUUCGUUUCUAUGAGUAUUUUUUUGUAUCAUGUUUGAAACGAAAUUUUAACCAACUCUUUAUUA